CGCCAGGGAUAAGGGCGCCUGCGCGCCUCUUUCGGUGAGCCUCGCCACCCGUCAUGAACGCGGAGAACUUCCAGGCCGGCGAGAGGCUGGUGAACGCGGCCUACGUGCGGCAGGGGUCGCAGGGCCGCCGCGCGCACGAGCUGCGGGUACGCGCGCUGCUGGAACAGGGCAAAUGUCCUGAAGCUGGAUGGGAUGAAAGCACGAUUGAACUCUUUCUUCAUGAACUUGCAAUUAUGGAUAGCAAUAAUUUUCUGGGCAAUUGUGGUGUGGGUGAAAGAGAAGGAAGAGUUGCAUCAGAGUUAGUUGCUCGUAGACAUUACAGAUUGAUUCAUGGGAUUGGAAGGUCAGGAGAUAUAUCUGCUGUCCAGCCCAAAGCAGCAGGCUCUAGUCUCUUGAACAAAUUGACUAAUUCAGUUGUCUUGGAUAUUAUAAAGCUUGCUGGUGUCAAAACAACAAGUAGCUGCUUUGUGGUUCCCAUGGCAACUGGCAUGAGCCUCACCUUAUGUUUCUUAACCCUGCGGCACCAGAGACCAAAGGCAAGAUACAUUAUCUGGCCCCGUAUAGACCAGAAAUCUUGCUUCAAAUCAAUGAUUACCGCAGGUUUUGAGCCAGUGGUGAUAGAAAAUGUUUUAGAAGGUGAUGAACUACGUACAGAUCUCCAGGCAGUGGAAGCUAAAAUCCUGGAUCUUGGGGCUGAUAAUAUUCUCUGUGUUCAUUCUACUACAUCAUGUUUUGCUCCAAGGGUACCUGACAGAUUGGAGGAGUUGGCUGAGAUUUGCAUGAAGUAUGACAUCCCUCACAUUGUCAAUAAUGCUUAUGGAGUUCAGUCUUCCAAGUGUAUGCACCUCAUUCAACAGGGAGCACGAAGAGGCAGGAUAGACGCCUUUGUGCAAAGUUUGGACAAAAAUUUUAUGGUUCCAGUAGGUGGUGCUAUCAUUGCUGGCUUCAGUGACUCCUUCAUACAAGAAAUCAGCAAAAUGUAUCCAGGAAGAGCCUCGGCCUCUCCUUCAUUAGAUGCGCUCAUUACAUUGCUGAGUUUGGGCACAAAAGGAUAUCAUCAAUUACUGAGAGAAAGAAAGGAAAUGUUUUCCUACCUUUCAAACGAGGUGAAAAAAUUAGCAGAAAGCUACAAUGAAAGAUUGUUGGAUACACCUCACAAUCCUAUCUCUCUAGCAAUGUCACUCAAAGAGCUAGAUGAACAAAACCCUGAAGCUGUUACACAGCUUGGAUCAAUGCUUUUCACCAGACAAGUUUCUGGAGCAAGGGUGGUUUCCCUUGGGAUUCUGCAAACCGUGAGUGGAUAUACUUUCAAAGGUUUUAUGGCCCAUACAGACAAGUACCAGUGCUCCUACCUCAAUGCUGCUUCAGCCAUUGGAAUGAAGAAGGAAGAUGUAGAUAUGUUCUUGAAAAGGCUUGAUAAAUGUUUGAAGGCUCUAAGAAAAGGAAAAGACCAGAAAGAUUCACCUAUGUUGAACAUAGAUAUUGAUUCUGAUAUGGAAAAAUGCAACAUAGAAGGAGACAUCCAACAUUAGAUUACUAAAAAUUAUUUCCAGCUUAGAAUGUUUUUUGAUAGAAAAAUAAUCAGAUGUAAAUGACCUCAGGGCAUUCUCCUACCAGACGUCCCAUUAAAAUGAAUGGAUACACCA